UUAUAGGGGUAUCUCGGGGACAGCGCAUUCAUCCGCGGGGGGGCUACCACGGGGGGUUGCUCCGAUAUCCACUAGCGGUAAUGCCACUUGAAAAUUUUCCAACAAUCGAUCGGACUCGGAUCCUUGGGCAAAGAACCAACAAACAUGCCAACCAUCACAGUCGACAAGGAAAGAUUCUUCAAAGAACUCGGAAAGACAUUCAAGGAUGACAAGGAGUUCGAUGGGAUCUUAUUCGAUUAUGGUCUCGAGCUGGAUGAGGACACCGAACAUACAACACCAGAGGAGAAACCAUACAAGCUGAAGAUCGAAGUGCCUGCCAAUAGAUACGACCUACUCUGCCAUCAGGGACUCAUCCUAGCACUACGAACCUACAUCGGCACCCAACCAGCACCCAACUACUCACUCAUCAUCCCACCACCAGAGCAACAGUGGAAGGCCUACGUGAGGAAGGAGACCAGUCAGAUCAGACCCUUCUUUGCAUCAGCCAUCCUCCGUGGGGUCCAGUUCGACGAACAGAGGUACAAAGACUUCAUCGAACUGCAGGACAAAUUACACGGGAACCUGUGUCGCAAACGGACCCUAGUCGCCAUCGGCACCCACGACCUCAGCACGAUCGAUCAUACCAAUAAGGUCAUCUCCUAUGAGGCCAGACCACCCAAGGAGAUCAAGUUUGCCCCCUUGAACAAGGAGACCGAAUAUGAUGCCACUCAACUCAUGACUCUCUAUGAGUCAGACAAACACCUCAGCAAAUAUCUCCACAUCAUUCGAGACUCGCCCCUCUAUCCCAUCAUCUACGAUAACUCACGCACCGUCCUCUCCAUGCCACCCAUAAUCAACUCGAAUAAAACUAAAAUUACCUUGGAUACCCGCGACGUCUUCAUCGAUGUCACCGCUACCGACCAGACGAAAUUAGGCAUAGUCAUUAAUAUGAUCAUCACCAUGUUCUCUCAAUACUGUUCGAAACCAUUCACAGUCGAGCCGGUCGAUAUAAUUUAUGAACACGAUCUUGCGGAGAGUUACAGGUCACCGAAGAUCGAGCCCUUGGUGUUUGCGACAAGACAGUCGUACAUCAACUCAGUCACCGGGCUGAACCUAACGCGGGAAGCGAUGAUCGAGCUACUUGAGAAGAUGGGGCACCGGGCAAGCAUUGGCCGACCAGCAGACGGACUGGCAAUCAACAGCUCCACCUCGCUCGCCCUCCAACAGGCUCCUCCUGAAGAUCUCCUCUCUGUCUCCGUCCCCCCAACCCGUCCUGAUAUCCUCCACGAAUGCGACCUCGUCGAGGAGGUCGCUAUCGCCUACGGCUUCAAUCACUUGGCGAAAACCUUCCCUAGCACUAAUACCGUCGCUAAACCUUACCCAAUCAAUAAACUCUCGGAUCUGGUCAGAAAGGAAUGCGCUUUUGCUGGAUGGCUUGAAGUCUUACCUUUGACACUUUGUUCCCAUGAUGAAAACUUCAAGUUUUUACGGAAAGAGGAUGAUGGGAGUGAAGCGGUAGUACUCUCGAACCCAGCGACAAUUGAGUUCCAGGUAGUGCGAACCUCGCUAUUACCAGGACUAUUGAAGACGAUCCGAGAGAACCGGAAGCACAGUUUACCGAUGAAGAUCUUCGAGGUCUCGGAUGUGGUGAUCAAGGAUGCUAGCUUGGAAAGGAAGGCCAAGAACCUCCGGAGACUCGGGGCGGUCUAUGUGGGCAAGAAGAGCGCGGGGUUCGAGGUCGUCCAUGGGCUCCUCGAUCGCGUCAUGGCGACUCUCGAAAUCGAUUGGAUUGGAUUGGGCCCCGACCCGGCCCGGAAAUCCUUGAGCCGUGGCCAGUAUCGGAUCGAAGAAUCUGACCAUCCGACUUUCUUCAAUGGCCGAUCGGCUAAGAUCAUGUUUAAACCUACGCCCCAAGUUCCUCUCAAUCAGGACGAUCUGGAGAAACAAAAUGGGGUUGGUAAUCAUUGGAUCGAGAUCGGUUGGUUGGGUAUCUUGCAUCCGAUCGUCAUCAAAAACUUCGAACUCGAUUUCCCGUGUUCUUGUUUAGAAUUCAAUCUCUCUCCAUUCUUAUGAAUCAAUCCAUUAAUUAGUCAAAUGCUCGUUAUAUAUAGUUUUUUUGAGAAGUUUUUUCUUCUUUUUUUUUGAGAGAGGGGGGGGGGAAGGGGGGUUGUUGGAAUUGGUAUUUUUCUUUCAGUUUUGCUUGCUUGGUUGUCUUUGUUUUGUUGGACUUUGUUGGAGAGAGAGAGAGAGGAUGGGUGGGGGACAGGAGAAGACUCAUUCUUGAGUUCUUGAUAUUCACACAUGUGCAUCUUUAAAAAAAGAUGUUUGAAGCACCACAAAAAAAAGUCAGGACGCUUGCUGACAGUUGGCAUGAAGGCUACUGCGGCCUAACUCAAAUUCUUACUGACA